GGUGAGCUGAGGAGGGGGCGGUGGAGGAACGCCCCCAUCGGAGCGGAGCUGACCGCUGGAGCUGGAGCCCGAGUCCCGCGAUGCGCGGGGGACCCUCCGCCUUCGCCAUGGAGUACGUGUGGGAGGAGGUGACCCUCACCUUUUCCCGGGUCCCCAUGUUCCCCUUCUUCGAUAUCGCCCACUACCUGGUGUCUGUGAUGACGCUGAGGCAGCAGCUCGGAGCUGUUGCAGUGGCAUGGCAGAAUCCUUUAGUAAGUUGGUUUAGUGCUAUGAUGCACUGCUUUGGAGGGGGAAUUUUGUCUGCUAUUCUGCUUGGAGAGGCUCCAGUAAAAUUCCUUGAAAAUAACACAAAUGUCUUAUUGGCAUCUUCAAUCUGGUAUAUUGUGUUUUAUUGCCCAUAUGACAUAGUUUCCGAGUGCUAUCGUUUCCCGCCUGUUAAACUCUUGGCUGCAGGAAUGAAGGAAGUGACCAGAACUUGGAAAAUCGUGGGUGGAAUCACACAUGCUAGUAGCAAUUACACAGAUGCCUGGAUGGUGUUGGUAGCUGUUGGAUGGGCCCGAGCUGCUGGUGGUAAUGUAAUCGUAAGUCUGGAGCAGUUUCUAAGAGGGACUUGGAAACCUGAAACGAGCAAAUUGCUGAAGAUGUCCUACCCUGUGAAGAUAAGUCUGGUGGGAGCAGUUCUCUUCACAUUACAGCAUUCAGGGACACUGCCAAUGGAAAAACAUAGUCUUAUGUUCUGCUACACUUUUUUUAUCGUUGUCACGAAGAUAGCCAUGAUGCUUACUGAGUCUGAGUCUUCUCCCCUCACUCCUUUUGAGAUUAUGCUGGGUCGAAUGCUGUUUGGCUUUUGGCAGAAUGAUCCUUCAUCAGGACCAUGUAAAUCAUCUUUCAAUGGUACAGGCACGAGGUCAAAACCCUAUUCAAUUCAUGUUGAAGCUAAGAGGAGACAUACUAAGAAGACAGAAUAAAUUCACUUGGCGAGCGCUAGGUUGCCAAAAAUAUUUUCUUACUUGUUUACCUCGCAAAUUGUGAUAAAUAUUUCUAUUGCAAAUGAUGUGAAGUAAGGAUGAUAUGUGAGGAAAUGCAGGUGACAGAAAAGAAGUAUUGCCUUCCGCUUGAGAGGGCUACUAUGUUAGCCCUUCAAGAGAGGCAGUGUAGAGUGUGAUUUCUUGUAUCAUGUAAGAAUGGUUUUUUUGAGUUAAGUGUAAAAGAUUCUAUUGUGAUCAUUUUCAAUAGUUUUAUAUUGAUGAAAUAAGGCCAGCAUUUUUACAAGUGCUAGGAAAAUACACCUAAAAGGUAGUUACAAAAUAACAAAAAAAAUAAAUGUUUUCAUUUUCCCUUA